AUGGUGCUGUACCGGCCGCCCAAGCGUGCUCGCGUGGUGGAGCGCUUCAGCCUGGAGAGAUUUGGGAGCGGCGGCUACCCGGCGGAUUUCUCAGGGCCAUUCCGGAGCAACGUCCGCGCCUUCUUGAAUGAGUUUGGGCAGAUGAUGGCGGCGCCGAUGCCCGGCGUCCAGCGCUGGUGCGUCCCCUUAGUGUCGCAGCGCGGCGCCGAGCAAUCGCUGCUGGUGCUCGAGGAAUUGCCGUUCGAGUCGGGCGCUCUCGGCUGCUCCCACUGCCGCAUUAUCGGCUGGAGCCAUCACCCGGUUUGCGGUGCGCGGUACCAUUUUAUUCUCCACGCUCCUGGAAAGCUGGAAGCUUUGGGAGUGGGCAAGGGACAUAAGCUAUGCAGUCACUGUGGCAGCGUCAUUGCUUCGUCUAUCACAAGAUGUCCAAAGUGUGGGCUAAGUUCUUCGCGAACUAUCGUUUUGGAGAACACGUCCCAUCUCCUCCACGGGAUCAUACACUCGAAUGGCUACGGGCAUCUCUUGAGAGUCAAUGGCUUCGAGGGAGGAUCCUCGUCUCUCUCCGGCCGUGAGAUCAUGAACUUGUGGGAUCGCUUGUGCACCAUGAUGCGAGCAAGGAAAGUUAGUGUUCUUGAUGCUUCCAAGAAGUUUGGGACCAGCUUUCGAUUGCUUCAUGCUGUUGCAAAGGGUCAGCCCUGGUAUGGUUUGUGGGGCUAUCAGUUUGGGAGGGGAAGCUUUGGCAUAACAGAUGCUGCGUACAAGAAAGCCGUCAAUCAGAUUGCUAGCACUCGGCUCAGCUUUUUCCUGGAUUUGGGAGACGAAAGGCUGCGCCGCAUCGCUACUUAUUAUCGGAACGGUCGGACUGGGAACUUGCAAGAGCUCGUGAGCCAUUUCAUGGAGCUUCUUCACGCACUCAGCAGCAAGGCGACGGGCUCCAAAGCUACUGUGCCCGCUGGAGUGAAUGCUCCUCCGGCUCCGGCUCCGGCUCCAAACCGUAACUCCCAGCGCUGGUCGGCCAAGAGACUGGACAAAACACUGGACGUCCUCCUGACUGCGCUGCGGCAAUUCGGCUUGAACGAGUGGAUGCCGAGGAUCAAGCUGCGAGAGCAAGCCCGACUGCACAUUGGCGAUACGGGCUUGCUUGAUCACAGCCUGUGCAGCUUCGUCGGAAAGAUUGUGGGUGAUCUGGUCGUGCAAAGACGGCGUGACGAGCAGUUUCGGCAGCUCGAGUACAGGCUGGCCAGGAUUGAGUCGCCAGAGAUCCAAGAGAAAAAGGAAGAGGCAGACGCGCCAGAGUUUUCCAAAGUUCUGGAUGAUCUAAGGUACUUAUACAGCAAAGUUCUUGCGGGUGGUCUUCUUCCCGAGGACGAUCCUCUGGCACAAGCGAGCAGGACAGUCCUGGACACGAAGCACUUCAUAAAGGACUACAAUGGAAACUCCGAGACAGAUCCAUGCGACGAGCCAGGAGCGGAGGUAUUCAGAGUCCAGUGCCGGAUGGAAUCGGUGGAGCAAGGUGGCGAUCAGGGAGGAGCUCCCAGCGAGCUGGUGGUGCUGCCGGCGAGCGCUACGGUGGGAGAUCUCAAGCGAGAGGCGGCCAAGGCGUUCAGGGACGUGUACCCGAGCUUGGGCCAGCUGCGCGUGACGAGCAUCCCGGUCCUGGAGGGCGAGGCGGACGAGAGGCCGCUCAAGCUGGUGAAGAUCCAGAGGACGGCGGAGGUGGCGAUCAGGGCGACCGGGAUCGACAACAGGUUCUCGGCGGGGAGGUUUGAGAAGGGAGUGGACGACUGGGUGGUGAAUUGCCGGUGUGGAGCUCGAGACGACGAUGGCGAGCGCAUGGCGGCGUGCGAUUCCUGCGGCGUGUGGAGCCACACGAGGUGUGCGCACAUCAGGGAUGGCGAUGAUGUUCCAGAGCAGUUUUUCUGUGGCGGCUGUACAUAACUUUUCUUUCUUCCUUCGUUAUCCCCUUAUAUCUCAUUUGAGAAAAUUUAGGGUU